AAAAAUAAAAAUAAAAUAAAAACAGUAAAAUGCAACAAGAAACACGUGAAUGCUUUGUGUUCAAGAAAUGAGGUAAUUUAAAAGCAAAUUGCAGAAUCUGGAAAGCCAGAAUGCGAAAACAAACUAAACUACAAAAGGCCAAAAGAAAGAAACUGAUUUUUCUUCAGAUAAUAAAUAUGGGUUUCAAUCAGGGGCGGACUGACUAUUUGGAAAUUCGGGCACUGCCCGAGGGCCUGGGGUCAGUUGGGGGCCCCAUGAGAUGCCCCUGGUACCUUUUUCAUAGGCUUUUUUGAGUUUGGGCAAGGACGCAGGGGCCCCAUGAUCCCCUAUUGCCCGGGGCCCCAU